GGCAAGCCAUAUAAAUUUGCUGCUGUAUCUUGACAUUUGACUCUUUUCUCUCCUAAUGCUAAGACAGGACAGCAACCAUGGGCCAGAAGCUGGAGAGGCUGUCGGAAAAGGAUGAGGAGUCCUUUGAUAAUUCAGAUUGGUCGGGGCAAACUGGCGACACGCAACAAUCAGAGACUGGAGAACAAAAUGAGAGCAGCGAUCAGGACGAUGGCAGUUUUGUGACCCCUCAGGGUAUUGGUUGGAUUAGUGGGAUCGGUGUCAGCAGUCAGGCCACUGGGCACGCAGGGGAGCUCACAGUCACUUCUGCACGUACAGACCCCCAAACUGGGCAGCCAAUCAGGCCUCUAGGUCAGCGGGGGCACAAUCCGAACACCAGGGCAGGGUGUGUGGGUGGAGACAGGGAGAGCCGGAGUGCCAGUCGAACUGCAGAGGAGUCAAAAACUGUCCUGAGCCCUAAGGAGACGAGACAAACUUCAAACAAAAGGCGACACUCUGAGAAUAAGGCUGUGGCCUUUACUGGGACUACAGCUAUGGAGGAGCAGGGAAAUGAGAAGAAAUCAGAACUCAAGUUAGGUCCUGACGCUCAAACUGGAAAUCCAGUGAGCUCAUCGGAUCCCACGAAUGAGGAGGACUUUGUGGUGCUUGAGAGGGAUGAAACCUGGACGUCAUCUGACGGGGAACGUAACAUCACUUUUGACAAAAGUAUAAAAACAGAGAAUCCUCAAUCACCUAUUACAAGAGUGGAGAAAGACGCUUCUGCUGGACAGCCUUCCAGGAACGCCCCUCAAGAAAAGGGCAAUGAGAGCAAAAGCAGAAGAAAAUCAGACACACUUGCAGACACGACUGACAGUGUGGAAGCACAUGUUGAGGGCUUACCAGCAGUCUGUUUUGAGAGGGAAAUGGGUCCACAUUUGGCUGAAGUGACAGGCAGCAGGUGUCGGCUAAAAGGAGUCGCUCAUGUUGGAGCUGCCCAAGCUGGGACAACUGGGAAAGGAAGAGCAGAGGGGGAGCCAAACAUGACUGACCACAGCACAGGGCAAGUUUCUACCAACAUUAACGGUGGCCUGUUAAAAAGAUUGAGCGCUGACAUGCUUGAUGAAGCCGGAGAGUUGAUCACACAGGAGGAGCCAGGAAGGGGAAGAGAGAUGAAAUGGGAAUCAUGCUUGGAAAAGGUAGAUCCUUCUUUAAGUGAAUCAGUUCAUCAAUAUGAGGAAAGCCACGAUUCAGGAUUCAUUGCACAAAAAAGAGCAGAAGUGGAUGACUCCCGUUUGAGCAAGUUUGCUGGCGUUGUCUCUAAGAGGGCUAAAGCAGGCGGUUUGUGUACAAAGAAAGAGCACAGCGACGUGCUCUGCAAAGUGGCCGACUCUCACCCCUCAAAGGCCGACCCACAAGAGGACAUUCCCUUAAUUUCAGUGGAACAGUGCAAUCAUCUUCCUCUGCCAGGGAAUGAAGGCUGUGAUGGAAAGAUACAGGUCGCAAGCUUAAAUCGGGAGACCCAGCUUGUUUGCUUCUCUGCUGUCAUCACUCCUCCACCUGUAACUCAUCUGAUGCCCGACAGAGACACAACAAAGCCGACACAACUCGGUACAAGUGUGGUAAACUCACAGACGGCGCCAGAUGCCUCGUGUGUUUCUAAAGAUGAAUCUUUGCCAAAAGAAAAACCCAGAGUUAAAGGUCCACCUCCACCUGUCCCCAAAAAACCUAAAAACCCUUUUAUAAAGCUGAAAACUGCACAAUUAAAGUCGACUGACAUGCAAAGAAGAGGCAAAGAUCAUCUGCGUUCUGAGGAGAGGGUCAAGAGGAGACACACUUUUGAUUUUAGCAAAGCUCUUCCAUACAACACUCUGACUAAUCAGGACAUGUGCUUGCUGUGGGAUGAAAGGGGCACUUACAGUGUGCCAACCAGCGUACGACGGCUGUCAGCGGACCUCAGCCCUUGGGAGAAUCUUUCGCUCGGACACAUGGAUGACCAGUACGGAGACAUGAUCGACUUUGACUACUGUGUGCGUAUGGCACAGCUGUCUCCAGACGAAGAGCCGCAAAACCUGGACAUGUUGCACAGAAGAGUAUUCCUGGAGAGAAGAUCCAGAUUUAAAAAUUCACCUCCUCCUGUUGCAAAAAAGCCCCAAAAUCGCAUCGCGUCCACAGAGACACUUCACAUACCUGAGAACGCGGCAGACAAUGAAAGACUAAAACCUGCAAGUUCAGGGAAAAGAGAAAUUUACCCAGAGUCCCUAUCUGCAAGAAUCAGCCGCGAUAAUUAUGUCAAUCGUAGAGACAACCACAGCAGCGAUUCAGGACGUAGCAGUGAGGUGGGUUUAUACAAGCCCGUGGCAGAAAUUAUCAAAGAAACAAAUCAAAUGCAAAGACACCCGGGUCGGGCCAAACCUGAGGGGCCCAAAGCUCAGGUUCGGGUGACAGAGGAGGGUCCAAGUGUGAAAGUUUCCCAGAUUAAGGACACCUUUGAUGUCCCAAAGAAAUCCAAAGAGAGGGCACCAGAAGUUCAACCGCCUCCAAAGAAAGAUAUGUUGCGGCGAGUUGUGCGACAGAGCAAGUUCCGUCAUGUGUUUGGUCAGGCCGUGAGGAACGACCAGUGCUACGAUGACAUCCGUGUGUCCAGGGUCACAUGGGACAGCUCCUUCUGUGCCGUCAACCCCAAAUUUGUUGCCAUCAUCAUAGACGCCAGUGGGGGAGGAGCCUUUCUUGUACUUCCUCUACAAAAAUGUGGCCGCAUAGACAAGGUCUACCCUACAGUAUGUGGACACACGGGCCCGGUGUUGGACAUCGACUGGUGUCCUCAUAAUGACCUUGUCAUCGCUAGCGGUUCGGAGGACUGUACAGUCAUGGUGUGGCAGAUCCCUGAGAACGGGCUGGAGACUCCUCUUUCGGAGCCUGUGGUUGUGUUAGAGGGCCACUCUAAGAGGGUCGGCAUCGUGUCUUGGCAUCCCACCGCUCGCAAUGUUCUUCUCAGUGCAGGGUGCGACAACCAGAUCAUCAUUUGGAAUGUGGGCACGGGAGAGGCCAUGAUCAACCUGGACGACAUGCACCCCGAUGUUAUCUUUAGUGUCAGCUGGAGCCGCAACGGCAGCCUGCUCUGCACCGCCUGCAAGGACAAGAAGGUCCGCGUCAUCGACCCCCGUAAAAAAAAGAUUGUUGUGGAGAAGGACAAAGCUCACGAGGGAGCUCGACCAAUGAGAGCCAUCUUUUUAGCAAAUGGAAACAUUUUCACCACUGGAUUCAGCCGCAUGAGCGAACGCCAGCUGGCCCUGUGGAAAACUGACAACAUGGAUGAGCCAAUAUGUGUCCAAGAGAUGGACUCCAGUAAUGGAGUCCUGCUGCCCUUCUAUGACCCUGACACCAACGUAGUCUACCUGUGUGGAAAGGGUGACAGCAGCAUUCGGUACUUUGAGAUCACUGAUGAGGCGCCGUUUGUUCACUACCUCAACACGUUUUCCACCAAGGAGCCCCAGAGAGGGAUGGGGUACAUGCCCAAAAGAGGCCUGGAUGUCAACAAAUGUGAAAUCGCGAGGUUUUACAAAUUACAUGAGCGGAAAUGUGAACCAAUCAUCAUGACAGUCCCGCGUAAGUCGGAUCUGUUUCAGGACGACCUGUAUCCCGACACGGCCGGCCCUGACCCCGCCCUGGAGGCGGAGGAGUGGUUUGCCGGGAAGAACGGAGGCCCCAUCCUGAUCUCGCUCAAAGAUGGCUACGUCUCUACGAAGAACCGGGAUCUGAAAGUGGUCAAGACGAAUGUUCUGGAGACCAAGCCGCCCACUAAAGCAGAAAACAUCCCGACUGUCCAGAAGCACGCUUCUCCACAGCCCUCAGUAAAAAUGGAGGAUAAACUGGAAGAGGUACUCCGAGAGUUCAAGUCACUCAGGGACCGUGUCAUCCUCCAAGACCGUCGAAUCGCCAGACUGGAAGAGCAGGUUGCCAAGGUUGCCAUGUAAGAUGGCGUAUUUUGGAGAGGAAUCGAAUGAACGGGGGUCAGCCACAGCCAAAUUCUCAGAUUCGGCUUCAUUGAGCUUGGCGUCGUCUCCAUGAUGAGACCAAGCCCCACAUUCCAAGAUGAACUUUAUUUUUUUCCUCAUCAAGUCUCCAGUUUCACACUUUCGCCCCAACACACACAGAGAAAAGGAAAACUCUCGCAGCUCAUGUACACAAUUGAAGAAAAGACAUUUUUGUUGAAGGAAAAAGUCUUAAUUUUUUUGUUUUUUCAAACUGUGGUAAAACAUUCUUAUGUGAAGUUUGUACUUACUACUCAAAAACUGUAUGUAGCAUCAGUAUUUCCAUUGUUAUUUUUUGUGUUGCCAAAUAUGAAACGUGCGGCUUCGUGCACAGCUUUUACUUUUAUUUUCUCUCCUGUUGUACAUUCCAGUCACAACCUGCUAGAUUGAUUUAGUCAAGCUGGAUUUUUUUAAACAAUAGUUGUUGAAUUUUUCUCCUCCAACCAGUUUGCUCAUUGAUAGCCAUCAGAUUUAUGAAUGUGGAAGAAUUCCUUCUGAAACGUUUUAUUCCUGUUCUUCUGGGCUUGAAAUUUAGGUUUGGGUUUUAUUGGGGAGGGGGGAGGGGAGGGGGGAUUGCAUCUCUCUGGUGUAAAUGUUGUGCAAAUGUAGUGGUGCCUCUUGUCACUGUUAAGGGUCAAACUAAAGUCGCCCUCUCCAGUGCAUAUUUGGUGUUGGGAAGGGACCACUCACCCAGCUUGUGUUUCACUGAACCCCUGACAAACAGUUCUGUGCACAUAAUAAAGAUUUUACACAUGAAAA